GUUCUCCGCAGCUCACUCUUCAACCGACUUAGCAUGGGCAACCCUCAGUGUGCGAAUCUGGCCAAGAGCGUCCUUCUCAAGCGUCUCGAGCGCCAGCGUUUCGACUCGGCCGACUGGGCCAUGAACCUCCCCAUCAACCGCGAGCAAAGCGACGUCGACGCAUCGAGUAGUGUGCACGAGACCGACUCCAAGUCGAACACGGCCGCUUCGUCGCCAGUGACCCAGCGCGGCAAGCCGUAAACGUCCUGUCGCUUUCUUUAUAUAUGCACGAAUAGAAUUCACACUAAUGUACUAACUGGUCGACUUGUACUGAAGCGAUAUGCGCUUGCCAGCCAUCAACCUCUGUGCCUGCAGGCAUAAUCCACGAG